UAGCCAGCCAGCUGUGUGGGGUUAUACGUGAACGGUCAGCGUUUAGAGCGACGACGACUAUCAACGCACACGGACGGGGUAGCAGAGCAGCAGACAGAACUGUUCACAAAUUUCCAGCAGCGACGAUUACGAAUUUCCAGCAUCAGAAUAACAACAACGCUAAACAACAAUAAAGAGAGCGUUUCGUUGCCUUAAGAGAAGAUGUCGUCGCGCAUGUUUAAAUUCGGCGUCACCGCCGCCAGCGCCUGUGUGGGCUCUGUAAUUGCCUCCUGGACCAUCGAUCGCUGGAACUCGCCGCAUGUGGUCAACAAUGCCAUGCAACGCCCACCCAAACGCAAGCGCACCCUGCCCAUGCGUAGCGAACAAAUCAAAUCCCUGAUGAGCGGCGAGGAAUUUGAUGUGCUCAUCAUUGGCGGCGGCGCCACGGGCGCUGGCUGCGCCCUCGACUCCAUUACAAGAGGUCUAAAGACGGCGCUCGUCGAACUGGAUGACUUUGCCAGCGGCACCUCAUCGCGCUCCACCAAGCUAAUCCACGGUGGCGUGCGCUAUCUGCAGAAGGCUAUUCUAGGCCUAGAUCUUGAGCAAUAUAGAAUGGUUAAGGAGGCGCUGGCGGAGCGCGCCACAAUGCUUGAAUCGGCGCCACAUUUGACGCAUCCGCUGCCCAUUAUGCUGCCCGUUUACACGUGGUGGCAGGUGCCCUAUUUCUGGGUGGGCAUCAAGGCGUACGAUCUGGUGGCCGGCGAUCGCAAUGUGAAGAGCUCGUAUUUGCUGUCCAAGAAGGAUGCUCUGGAGCUGUUUCCCAUGUUGAAGAAGGAUAAGUUGUGCGGUGCCAUUGUCUACUAUGAUGGCCAGCAGGAUGAUGCCCGCAUGUGCCUGGCGGUGGCUUUGACAGCUGCUCGACAUGGCGCCACCGUCUGCAAUCAUGUGGAGGUCCAGGAGCUGCUCAAGAAGGACGACGGCACCGGCAAGAAGGUGCUGUGCGGCGCCAAGGUCAAGGAUCAUAUCUCUGGCAAGGAGUUUACGGUCAAGGCCAAGUGCAUAAUCAAUGCGACUGGCCCCUUCACCGACUCCAUUCGCAAAAUGGACGAUCCGACGGUGAAGAGCAUCUGCUGUCCCAGCUCGGGUGUGCAUAUUGUGCUGCCCGGCUACUAUAGCCCCGAUCAGAUGGGUCUGCUCGAUCCCUCAACAUCCGAUGGACGCGUCAUCUUCUUCCUGCCCUGGCAACGACAAACAAUUGCCGGCACCACAGAUCUGCCCUGCGAAAUAACGCACAGUCCCACCCCGACCGAGGAUGAGAUUCAGUUCAUCUUGAGCGAAAUCAAAAACUAUCUCAACGCCGACGUUGAGGUGCGUCGCGGCGAUGUGCUGUCCGCCUGGAGUGGCAUACGCCCACUCGUCUCCGAUCCCAACAAGGAGGACACGCAGUCCCUGGCGCGCAACCAUAUCGUCCAUGUUAGCCCCUCGAAUCUGGUCACCAUUGCCGGUGGCAAAUGGACCACCUACAGAGCCAUGGCGGAGCACACUAUGGAUGCGGCCAUCAAGGCCUGCAACCUGAAGCCGGAGCGCACCGAGGCUGUCACAUCGUAUCUGAAAAUUGAGGGCGGCCAGGGCUGGACACCCACCAUGUACAUACGGCUGGUGCAGGAUUUCGGCCUGGAGUGCGAGGUGGCUCAGCAUCUGGCCAAAUCGUAUGGUGAUCGCGCCUUUGCCGUGUCCAAGAUGGCAUCGCUCACCGGCAAACGCUGGCCCAUCAUUGGCAAUCGCAUCCAUCCCGAGUUCCCCUACAUUGAUGCCGAGAUUCGUUAUGGCGUGCGCGAAUAUGCCUGCACCGCUGUGGAUAUGAUUGCGCGCCGGCUGCGUCUGGCUUUCCUUAAUGUGCAGGCCGCCUCGGAGGCGCUGCCCGUCGUUGUGGACAUCAUGGCCGAGGAGCUGCAGUGGUCCAAGGCAGAGAAGGAGCGCCAGCUCAAGCAUGCCACGGAAUUUUUGGCCAACGAAAUGGGACAUACCAUCAAUCGUCAGUCCAAGGAAAGAAUACCCAUUAAACUGUCCAAGGAGGAGAUUCAGACAUAUGUCAAACGCUUCGAGCUUAUCGACAAGGACAAGAAGGGCUACGUCUCCAUCAACGAUAUUCGCCGCGGGCUCAAGAGCUUCGGCGACGGCGAUGUCUCCGGCGAGCAAUUGCACGACAUUCUCAAGGAGAUCGACACCAACAUGAACGGCCAGGUCGAGCUGGAUGAAUAUCUACAGAUGAUGUCCGCGAUAAAGACAGGCGAUGUGGCCUAUUCCCGGUUCGCUCGCAUGGCCGAGCUGGAGGAGCAGAAGCACGAGGCGGCUAACCUGAAGCAGAAGAUUAGCGUCGAUCGCUCCGGUGGCGGCUUGUAAGUGACUUAAAGGACGAGGACUUCACGCGUACAUCUAGAGCACAUCUAAACUAGGAUUAAGCUGCAACGAAUUAUACAAACUAUAUAAACAACUUCUUUACAUUUUGCUGUUAAUAAAGUCUUGAAACUCA